UGGCAAGAACGCUCCAUGGAUGUGGCUGAAGGCGUUGACCGUCUUCGAUAACAAAUGGAGCUGGGGUUGAGCGACUCUUGCCUACUUGUACCGACAGCUGGACGGUGUGUGUUGCAGGAUCACAGAUAGUGCAGGCAUUGGUGGUAAUUUGCUUCUACUUUCUGUAUGGAGCUGGGAGCGUCUGCCUGUUGGACGCCCGAAGAGCGUCAGGUUUGAUCCUUGGUAUGCAGAUGAACAUGACGAAUUACGGCGCCCCACGUGGGCUUACAAGUGGGAUAUCGUUUCCGAGAUGACGAAUGAUGUCAAUCUUAUGUACCAAAAGUACAUUGCCGAGUUGGACACGAUUACGCCUGAGCAGGUGGAAUGGCAGCCAUAUGGUGCGGGUGAGAGCUUGGGAUACACCGAGGAGUUCCGCCUCAACCCGAUGUGCUUGUGGGAUAAGGAUCUCUGGCUUAUGCGGUGCCCACUGAUAUGCAACUGGGUGGUUGAGUUUCAUUUGCCGCAUCGCGUGUAUCGUCAGUUUGGUCUGUUCCAGCCUCACCCGCCGGACUGGGUGGACACGGACAAAGCACUUCAUAGGUUGGACAGGAGAAGGCAGCGGAAGAUAAAGGACUGGGACAAGCAUCAUGCUUCGUAUGUUAUCCGCUUCCAGCUUUCUGUGGAGCAAGCUCGUAGCACUGCAUGCGCCCCGCUUCGUGAGCACAGCCAACAAGAUUUUGAUAACUACGUACGAUGGUUUAUUGGAAUUACUCGAGUUGAGAUAUUGCCGCCGGCAUAUAAUGAGGAUAUUCUUAAAGAAUCCGUAAACUUUGAGGAUCUAGCAAAGGGGAAGUACAACAGAGAUGUCAGGAAAGGGCAAGGAGUCCCUGUUGUUCCGGUGAUUAACUAUGUGCGCACCGAGAUCAAGAAAGCAGCUGAUGAGAGCCAGUCUAUUCUGGAGAAGACACCGGUUGGAACUGGCAAUGAUGAUGGUUCACUACGAGCAUUCCUCAAGCGUCAGGCCAAGAAGUUAAGGCGGUUAUCGAACCUUCUCGGUUGUCAUGAUCCUGAAUAUGAUGAACCAUCUGCCUCUAGGUCUGGUACACCAUCAGACCCCGCAUCUCACCAUGAGGGGGACGAUGUGAGUUCCUCAUAUGCUUAUAUGGAUGAUGAGGGUGCGUGUGCAGCGCCCAAGGCCAAGGCGCUGCACUAUGUAGUGUGGCGCCUCGCCCAUAGGUGCUGCACACCUGGACAUGUCAGUUCAGAGAGCAACAGAAGCAUUCCAGUAGGUUUUGCACAGUGUGGCGCCUAG